AUGUCGAACCAUGGGAGCACAUCGUUGGGUUUCACACCGUUACCACGACUCAACAAAACGAAUUACAACAAUUGGAGUAUUCAAAUGCGUGCCUUACUCGGUGCACAAGACGCAUGGGAAGUAGUCGAAAAUGGCUAUAUUGAAGAAAGUUCCGGUACAUCCACACCGGCACAACUGAAAACGUUGAAAGAAAUGCGAAUGAAGGACAAGACUGCUCUCUACCUUAUGUUCCAAGCUGUAGAUGAGGCAAGUUUUGAGAAAAUUGCUGGCGCAACGACAUCGAAAGAAGCAUGGGAAACUCUACAAAAAGUAUUCAAAGGUGCUGACCGAGUUAAACAAGUUCGUCUUCAAACUCUACGAGGUGAAUUGGAGGCCAUGAAAAUGAAGGAGUCGGAAGAUGUAUCGAGUUAUAUAUCUCGUGUGCAAACGGUGGUGAAUCAACUUAAACACAACGGAGAAACUCUCGAUGAUGCAAGAGUUGUCGAAAAAAUCCUUCGGUCAUUGACCGAUGAUUUUGAGAAUGUUGUAUGUGCAAUUGAAGAAUCAAAAGAUUUGGCGAAAAUAACGAUCGACGAACUCACGGGCUCUCUUGAAGCUCAUGAACAACGGAAGAAGAAAAAGAAGCAAGAUGUCAUGGAGGAGGCCUUGCAAACAAAGAUGAGUAUCAAUGAUGACAAGAGAGAGGACAAGCGAACCAACAGAAUUGGCGUGGAUGAGGACGCGGUCGUGGAAGAUAUGGACGAUCAGGUCGACCAAAUGAGUGUUACAACUGCGGAAAAUAUGGACACUAUGAAAAAGAUUGUUACUUCAAGAAGAAGGUGGAAGAAAAUGUGA